AUGGAGAAGCACUACGCACAGCUUAGAGUAAUUAAUGUUCCAAAGUCCAAAUCUAAGGCUGACAACCUCAACUAUUUCUUUACGCUCAACACGGGUGCCGACAUCAUCGCCAUCUUCGAUUGCGAUCAUUUCCCUCAUCCGCACAACCCUCGUUGGGCCGCUGAGCGAUUCAAGAAGGAUGCCUCUAUCGACAUUGUCCAAGGCCGAUGCGUGGUCUACAACACGAAUGAGACUNUUUUUACUAAGAUGAUUGCUAUCGAGUUCGAUAAGAUCUACGCCGUCUCACAUCCCGGCCGUAGUCGUCUCUUCAAGUUCGGUCUCUUCUGCGGCUCCAAUGGGUACUGGAAAGCGGACCUUCUUAGAGGGCACCAGAUGCAUGGCCACAUGUUGUGUGAGGACAUUGAUUCAGCCUUACGGGCCUAUGGCGAAGGUAAAACCGCUGUACAUGACAUGAAUGUCUUGUCCUACGAGAUGGCGCCCAUAAACUUCGCGGCGUUCUGGAAACAGCGCAUGAGAUGGGCUCAAGGCUGGACCCAGGCUAGUAUUAGGCAUAUGCCUCUCAUCUGGAAUAAUCCACCUGACGGCAUACGCGGCAUUAACGAACGUUUUGGGGUCCUCUCCCUGCUUUUCGUACGCGAGAUCAGUUACUAUCUCGUCACCCAACAUACAUGUUUGCUAUUAUCCUUCAUCAUCACUGGCUGGCCAAAGAAUCCUAGCGAUCUCAUCAAGCUGAUAUUCUUUCGCUAUCCGAUGGCAGAGUGGUUUUUAUUUGCAACGNUAAGUCUAAGUCUAACCCAUAGUCGUUCGCCACUCACAAUGAGAAUCAGUAUCAUUUGCCUGAUCUUCACUUUGGCCAUCACGCAAACAGCACGAUCUGAAUUCACGACCUUCUGGAUGAUGAUCCUAUUUUGCGUAAUCUACACUCCCUACCUAGUGCUGAUGGCAACCAUGGGUAUGUGA